CCCCUCGAAAAAGCUGAAACCCCUCCCCCCUCAGUCCCCCAUCCGCCGUCGGCUGCCCUCCCCACCCCACGAGACGGCGGCGGCGGCGAGCAGCACCCGAUCCUCUCCCCCCUCCUCGUUCACUGUUGGAGCAGAGCAGUAAAAAUGAAUGUGCACCUCAGCUUUGAGGAUGGCUGGAAGGUCCUGGAACAGGGCAUUGUGACAUGCUCAAAGAUUUUGGAGGGAUCCACUGGUACAAGGCCUACUGUUGCUGAGUACAUGAAUUGCUAUGACUGUGCUUAUAGAAUGGCUGUGCAGACAACCAGCUAUUGUGAAGAGAUGUACAAUGGUUACAAGGCUACACUUGCAGAAUCUGUUCGUGCACUGGUUUGCCCCCAUCUGAUGCACAAGAGAGACGGCUACCUUUUGAGACAGCUUGCGAAUAUGUGGUCUAACUAUUGUAUCAUGGUUAAAUGUGUAUCUGGCUUCUUCAACUAUUUGGACCGUUGCUUUGUUGAGCAAAGAAAGCUACCUUGUCUUGAAGACACUGCUGCCACUUCUUUUUUCUCUACAGUCUUUUCCUUCUUCAGUCAUGAAGUAUCAGACGCUCUGCUGACUUCGAUUCUCCAAGAGCGUGAUGGAGGCAAUGCUGAUAUGGACAUCUUGAUGGGCAUUAUGCGUGGCAUAUGUCGCUCUGAAGUCAAAUCCUUCAUUAAAAAUGCUGUUGUUCAAGAUACAUAUGCUUACUACUCCAGGAAAAGUUCUGAAUGGAUUGUUCAGUACCCUCUACAAGAUUACCUUGCCAAGGUCCAGGAUUGUAUGGAGAAGGAAACCAUGAGAUUGAUGCACUAUCUGUGUAUUUCUGAGGGAGAUAGCACAGAGCUCUGUUUGAAGGUUGUUAGUGCUCCAUUGAUGCAAACUUAUGACAGCUAUGCAAGAGAGAAACAGAUUGGUGGCCAACUUUUGCUUCAAACAUACAAGACAGUGGAGGAUGAUCUGCUGGCCAGAUGCAAUCGCUUGACAAUUGACAGCGGCGUGGACAACAGUUCUGGCAGUUACAUGGAGUAGAAAGGAAAUGCACUUAAGCUAACAUUCAUCUAUAACCAAGCUUACAUAUGGGAAGGGGUUCUAGAACAUGGCCUACAUCUGGGGGAAUUUUUUGUGCGGCUCGGUUUUUGGUACCGUGGAUUUUGUUGGCGAGAUUCGGCUAGAUUAAACGCUAUACUGAAUCUGCAGGGGAUACCUCCUUAGUGCUGCCUCCUACCCCAUUAUGCUCAACAGCAUUUGAAAUGUACAGGAUGGCGGAUCAAUUUUUGCCAAUGGCAGUUUAUUUUGAUCGCCGUCUAGCGAACAUUAGGCAGGUCAGCAGCUAGCACUCUUAGUGGCUGGACAUGGAUUAUGGCAUGACACCGCAGUGGUUGGUGCGAUGCCUGUGUGCCUAUUGUGUGCUUCUGAUGCUGUUUAUGGUGGAAAACUUAUCUGUGACUUUAUGCUA